GAUGCCCGCCCUCCUGGGGUGCCUUACCCCUGCCUGGGGAGCUUCAGCUUCGGCCCUCCCCCCCAUAGGUGGCGGGGCCUAGUGGAGAGUCGGGCCUUUGGCACCCGCCCACUUGACGGCCACUUCUGCCUCAGCCCGCCACAGCAACAGUGUUUUUCGUGGGCAGCGCAGACCCUUCAGAGGACAGCGAGAGGUGCUGGCCGGGCCCUACCCAGCCUAGGUUUGGAGGACGCAGCGCGGGUGGUUGGGGACAGGCCGGGAUAAGGCCUGGGAGGGCAGGUUGGGGGACUCGGGCCCUAGCAUAAGACACCGCUUAGCAGGGGCGGUCCGUGGGGGGAGGGACCCUCCAACUUGCGGGUUCGUACCCCACCCCCACAGCGCUUGGGCACGCGCCGACCCCUUAUUCGCACUCGGGCCUCAGUUUAAACCCCCCCGCACCCCUCGGCAGCGUCCCGCUAGGGAGCGCUCACAUCAUGGCCCCCAAGAAGGCACCGUCGGGGAAGGGAAAAAGGCCCGCCGUGGCGUCCAAGGUAUGCACAGCCCAACCGGACUCCUCCUCAGAGGAUGAGCGCGAUAUGGAAUUGAGUGCCAUUAGGGCCCUCAUCGCGCGGCUGGAGGCUAUUGCUGGGGGUCAGGAGGCAUUGCAGGGUUAUGGAGGGGCCCCAUCGGGGGCAGCAACUCCCAGGGAGAGGGAAACCCCUACCCCUGCGAACCCGCAUAGGAUGACUCGGGCUGCGAAGCGGACUAAACUGAUGCAAGGUUUCACUGACCGUCUAGCAGCGCUCGAAGCAGCCAUGGCAUCCAUUCUCGCCGCAAGCGGCACCAGGGAUGCGGAGGGACUCAGCGGAGACGGUGGGACAGCGUCAGGAUCUACAUCAGGAGCCGUCUCCGAGGACCAGGCCGGACAAGGUGAUGCAGCGCUUUUGGCAGCUGGCUCCCGACGCUUUCCCAAGGCCCGAGAAGAUGCCUGUUGGGUUAUGGAGCCUUGGAGUGUAGAGGCACUCAGGGCAAUCGAGGCCUCAAUAGCACCUAGGACACGGGUAGCUUAUGGCAGGAGGGUUGAAGCCUUCCAACACUUCAGAUCGCAGGCAGGGAUCGGUCAGGCCUGGCCGGCCCCACCCGAGCACCUGAUGCGGUACUUGGUACACCUCCGUGCAGGCGGGCUUGCAGUGAGCACCAUGUCCGGGCACUUGGCAGCGCUGGCCUUCUAUGCGAAGGCCAGGGGUCUGCCUGACCACUCAGGCAAUUUCAGAGUCUGGCACAUGCUGGAGGGCUGGGCCAGGAAGUCGCCAGCCCAGCCAGAUCAACACAGGCCCAUUACACCAGACGCGCUGCAGCGUGCCGUGCAGGGCCCGGGGGAAGUGUGCUCAUCCCCCCAUGAGGUGAUGUUGUUCUGGGCCGCGUUGCUGGUGGCCUUCUAUGGGGCCUUCAGGGUUGGGGAGCUGUUCCCCGGGGGCCCCGAGACGCAGUAG